CCAUCGGAGAACGCGAUACCUAACGAUCCGGUCCCAACAAUGCGCGAAAGGGAAUUCGAGGUGACGACACUGAGUGGCGGAGUUGUGAGCACGACCGCAGAGUUCUCCGAGGCGCCGUUCGGCCAAAGAGAUUCCAAGGAUUCUGGAACCGGCUCUGCGGGAGUUCCCGGAGCUCCCCCAAGUCCAGCGGCAGGCAGCCCAACUCAGACGACAACGAUACUUACCCUCGAGCGAGAAGAAACCCCCUCGACAACUCCGGACUUCGGUUGGAAAGAUGCAGAUCCGGCUGCGACUCCUUUCGUGCCCGAUUUCAAUCCUCCUGAAACACCCGGCUCCGUUUGCAAACUGGGCCAAACCCCAGCCUGGCAAUUCGUGAAGUGUAAGGCCAAGGCUUUCGCUAGAAAAGCGAAGCAAGCGCAAGGCGAUGCCUCGAAAUGGAUCAAAGAGAAAAGCGAAUGCUUGGCUAAAAUCUCGAAAGGAGCAGGACACGCCAUUGAGCAGACUCGCAGAUGCCUCAUGGGCAUUCAGCUCCGGUCUCGUGACUUCGAUGAGCAGCUGAAGGCAUGCUUCACCGGAGGUGACAACCGACCUGAGAACCGUGAAUGGAACGAAGGACUUGUCUGCUUUACGGGCUUGAACGGAAAAACUGUUGGUAUGUAGACUCAGUCAGUGGUUUCGGACUCUUUACAAUCAUCGCAUCAGGGAUAUCGGGCGUGCUUCAGCAAGUAGCCAAGGUGGUCGUUCUCUUGAUCGUGCAGGUUGGAUAUCGGGCUAUGAUGGUUUACUUCAGCAACGGCGUGACAGAGAAGAUCUUCAUCUGAUCGACUCCCUGACAUUCUCGGAAUGCCUCACGGAACGCACUGUCGACGAGUCAUGCAAUAAAUUAUUCGAAGUUCGGAU